CACUCGGAAGUCUCAUACAGAGCACCGAAAGGACAUAUUUUCUUGUACCGUUCUGAUCGUCAUCAAAUCCCAAAUACCGGAAUAAUGGGCCACGGUGAUAAAGGCCGACAUAGCAAGAAACCUAAAUUUUCUUCCAAGGAGAAUCAAAGAGCUUCAGCUGUUGAAGACGAAGAUGCAUACUAUGCUGCAGAUUUUGAAGACGACUAUCGCGAUGGUGAUAGAGAAGGAAAAAAGAGAGAUUUCACCAAAUUGGAACUUAAACCCGAUCACGACAAUCGGCCAUUAUGGGCUUGCGCUGAUGGCCGAAUAUUCCUUGAGACCUUCUCUCCUCUCUACAAGCAAGCUUAUGAUUUUCUUAUUGCCAUAGCUGAGCCUGUUUGCAGGCCGGAGUCGAUGCACGAAUACAACCUUACCCCUCACUCAUUGUAUGCGGCCGUGUCAGUGGGUCUUGAAACUGAGACCAUUGUAGCUGUUUUAAAUAAAUUGUCAAAGACCAAGCUUCCCAAAGAGAUGAUUGAUUUCAUACAUGCGUCUACUGCCAAUUAUGGCAAAGUGAAGCUUGUACUUAAGAAGAAUCGGUACUUGAUCGAAUCCCCAUUUCCUGAGGUAUUGAAGAGGUUGCUUAAGGACGAGGUUAUAUCCCGAGCAAGGAUUUCCACUGAGGGGGUGCAGGGAAGUGAUGGAUUCACGGUGGGAAAAUCAGUGGGUGAAAUAGAAGGUCGCCAUGACGAGUUGCUAAAUGAAGCAGGAUUGGCAGCUGCAGCCGAAGAAAAAGAAACUCAUUCAUUUGAAAUUUACCCUGCUCAGGUUGAAAAUGUAAAGCAACGUUGCCUGCCUAAUGCUUUAAAUUAUCCCAUGUUGGAGGAGUAUGACUUCAGAAAUGAUACUGUCAAUCCUGACCUUGACAUGGAGUUGAAGCCUCAAGCACAACCACGCCCUUAUCAAGAGAAGAGUCUCAGUAAGAUGUUUGGAAACGGCAGAGCAAGAUCUGGUAUUAUUGUGUUACCAUGUGGUGCGGGAAAGUCUUUAGUGGGUGUUUCUGCUGCCAGCAGGAUACGGAAAAGCUGCCUAUGUUUGGCAACGAAUGCUGUAUCUGUGGAUCAGUGGGCUUUUCAGUUCAAAUUGUGGUCAACCAUUCGAGAUGAUCAGAUAUGUCGUUUCACCUCUGAUAGCAAAGAAAGAUUCCGUGGUAAUGCUGGGGUGGUUGUGACCACAUAUAACAUGGUCGCUUUUGGUGGUAAGCGUUCUGAAGAAUCUGAAAAGAUUAUUGAAGAAAUAAGAAAUAGAGAAUGGGGAUUACUUCUCAUGGAUGAGGUUCAUGUGGUUCCUGCUCACAUGUUUCGAAAGGUCAUCAGCAUUACUAAAUCUCACUGCAAACUCGGGCUUACUGCAACACUUGUGAGAGAGGACGAAAGGAUAACAGAUUUGAACUUCCUUAUUGGUCCCAAAUUAUACGAGGCAAAUUGGUUGGAUUUAGUGAAAGGUGGAUUUAUUGCAAACGUACAGUGCGCUGAGGUGUGGUGUCCUAUGACGAAGGAGUUCUUUGCUGAAUAUCUGAAGAAAGAAAAUUCUAGGAAGAAGCAGGCACUUUAUGUGAUGAACCCAAAUAAAUUUCGGGCCUGCGAGUUUCUUAUCCGAUUUCAUGAACAGCAACGUGGUGAUAAGAUAAUUGUUUUUGCUGACAAUCUGUUUGCACUGACAGAGUAUGCAAUGAAGCUUCGGAAACCUAUGAUAUAUGGUGCUACCAGUCAUGUUGAAAGGACAAAAAUUCUUGAUGCCUUCAAAACUAGUCGGGAAGUGAACACUGUUUUCCUCUCAAAGGUGGGUGAUAAUUCUAUAGAUAUUCCUGAGGCAAAUGUAAUUAUUCAAAUUUCAUCACAUGCGGGUUCAAGACGUCAAGAAGCUCAACGACUUGGGCGCAUUCUCAGGGCAAAGGGUCGGCUUCAGGAUAGGAUGGCAGGAGGUAAAGAGGAGUACAAUGCAUUUUUCUACUCCCUUGUGUCUACAGAUACCCAGGAAAUGUACUACUCAACUAAAAGGCAACAGUUUUUGAUUGAUCAAGGUUAUAGCUUCAAGGUAAUUACGAGCCUGCCUCCGCCUGAUACUGGACCUGAGUUGAACUAUUAUCAUCUUGAUGAUCAACUUGCACUUCUUGGAAAGGUGUUAAGUGCAGGUGAUGAUGCAGUUGGUUUGGAGCAAUUAGAAGAAGAUGCAGAUGAUAUUGCCCUUCAGAAAGCCCGUCGCUCUGCGGGAUCUAUGAGUUACAUGUCAGGAGCUAAUGGGAUGGUUUACAUGGAAUACAAUGCUGGACGGAACAAACACCAGAUGAAGGGCAAACCCAAGGAUCCAUCGAAGAGACAUCAUUUAUUCAAGAAACGUUUUGUCUAAGCAAGCAACUGAACCUUCCAUCUUGGUUCUUGGUUGUUAUAGCGAGAGCAAGUAUUUAUAUGUUUCUCAGACAGAAAGUUGUGAGUUUGCUCGGAAGAAUAAAUGGAGAACUGUCUGUCUUGUGUAUAGUGUAUACAAAUAUGAUAUGUAUCUUUGUUGUGUGCUUGAGAGGCUGGCGAAGAACCUGGGUACUCUCUCUGUUAUUUUCGGAUAAUUUUAACUACAACAACACUUUCUGAUUGUCACAAGUUCACUGACAAAUCUCAUAUUCUACAGGGGCAUAAAUCACUGACUCUCUAGAAUUUGCAAGAGUAAUGUGGCCACUUCUUCAUCUUUUAAUGUUUCUAUGGAAAAAUCCUCCUUUUAAAAAGUUGUAUUAGUCGGACCUUUUUGUGAUUCAAAAAGACAAUAAAAUUAAAGAAUCUUUUCG